CUUUGUUCUAUUUCUCGACAAUGAAUCCAUUACUAUUUUUUAUUUUAAUUUUACUGCUUCAUGAUGUCGCAACACAUUCCAGUACACCCGGAACAGUAAGUGCUCUUGUCCGUCAUCUCGCCAAACUAACGAUCUCAUCAAGUGUAAUUUAAAUAAAAUGGCAACAGUGGGCCAUGGACCUUCACAGUCAAGUUGCAAAGAUUGUUACGGUGUCGGCAUUACAACAAAUUCAUCCAGUCUUGUACAGAUCCAGUUGACCGGACGAUUUGCAUACGAAGGCAUCAUGCUACUUGUUAAAGACAAGCAUACGAAUAAAACUCUAGGUGAAUUUCAAAACUUUGACGAAAGCUUAUUUGCACCUGUUGCUUGCGACGAUGACGAAGACGAGCAAGAUCGUAUCGAACCUGACUCUGUUGCGGUGUUGGGUCAUAUUGAUUCGAAAUUAAAACAUUGGCCUGUCCAUGUAGGUUGGAACAUGGUGGUUGAUAAACCAAUAACCGAUUUGAAACUGAUUGGCAUGAUUGUGAUUGAUUAUGAAAACUUCCAUCUGUUACCAGAGACAGAAUUCAAGAUCAAACGAAAAGUGCAGAAAGUAACCACUACAUCUUCUGCAGCAGUAGCCACACACACAGAAAUACAAGUUGAACAUGAGGCGGGAACUUUUGUUCAACAAGUAUCCAAUGAAUUAUUUAUUUGGGUUUUAUCCAUUAUUUUAACAAUCUAUGUGUUGAUGUCAACUUGCUUUAGGCAACUUACAAAAAGGAAGACAAGAAUUACCAAAAAGAAUACCACUUCCUUACUUCAAGACGAUAUAUCUCUUGUCACAGGAUUUUCGUCUUAAUAGUACGCCAAAAUAAAUCUGGCACAGUGUGGAAGUUUCUUGAUGCUUCUAUUAUGAGCAAAAUUUCAAACAUAUGGAUGAUUAAAUAAACAAUUAAGUCAUCCUGACAUAAACCAGCGCCUUUUUAUCAGUCUACAAAUAAGACUCGCUCACACACUUUCUUCCUUUCUUUUCG